UGAGCGCUGACCUAAAGGAAUGCAGGCCCCUGCUCCAAACUAAAGUGAGGUUGUUGUUUGAACCAGCUGACUAGCGGUCGUGAUAGUAGGGCCAGUCAUGGCUACCGAGCCAACCGAGCUACAGAGAGAGCUUAUACGCGCUCUGCUAGAUAGCGGCCUCUCUGGAGACGACCUCGUACGCAUCGUAGACACGGAAUUCUCACGCGUACAAGACAGGAUAACAGCAAAGAGCGCGACCCUUACUCAAGCGGAACCGUGCACUCCGGAGCCAACUAGCUCCGAGAAUGUAAUUCUCCCUGCAUCUCCCUGUGAAGCUGACAGUCCUAAACCGUAUACGCCAGAAAGUGAAGGCCGAGAGGGCUCUCCGCUUCUCAUACAGCGCGACUCCAUCGUAGACCAAAUGUUACGGAUGGACCCCUGGCAAGCGGCCCGUGUGAUCAAGAUGUACAUGCAGCAGCAUAACAUUCCUCAACGUGAAGUGGUGCUGAGCACAGGGCUGAACCAGAGUCACCUCUCGCAGCACCUUAACAAAGGCACGCCAAUGAAGAGUCAAAAGCGCUCCGUUAUGUACCAGUGGUUUGAGAGGAAACAAAAGGAGAUAGCUGACCAAUACUCGAAUACCGGAAAGCGCCUGUAUGUGGACGAGGUUGAAAGCCCAACAAAGAAAUCGCGAAGAAAUCGAUUUAAAUGGGGACCUGCAUCAACAAAUAUUCUCUAUCAAUCCUACGAACAGCAAAGAAAUCCCUCCAAGGAGGAAAGGGAGGCCUUGGUCGAGGCAUGUAACCGUGCCGAGUGCGAACAGAGAGGAGUUAGCUACAACAAUGUGGAAGGGCUUGGGUUCAACCUCGUCACAGAGAGUCGAGUGUAUAAUUGGUUCGCCAACAGAAGGAAAGAGGAAACAUUCCGGAUGAAACUGGCAAUAGAAGCCGCUAACUACCCCGAGAAUCCGGGGCAUAGUCCAAAUCGAACUCUUUCAUCUCCUGUACUUUUAACUGCUCCUGCCAAAGUACAGCCAUCCACUCCAACCCCAACUCCGACAUGUAUGACCCCCCUGAACAGACUUCCCCCCACGCCAUCUCCAACAACAACGCACGCCAUACCUCAAGCCUACGUCAGCACACCUGUCAAUCAGUCAACGGUAGCCAAUAGGGAGCAAGCUUUGCCUAGCGUCGGUUCUUUCAUAAGAACCACGAACUGUGCAGAUCAAAUAUCAACACCUCAUGGAAUAACACAGGCGCAGGGACGGCCAGAGAACACGGCGACGCCACACACCACACGAGGACAGUCACCUUUACUGCCCCCUCACAUGACCGGGAUGCAUGGGGUACCGGACGGACCGCACCCUAUUCAGGGGAUGGCCACCGCGAUACAGCAGAUCUCAGUACGACCCAUUCCGAUCACGUACCACACCAUACAGGGUCUGGUACAGCCAUCCACCGCGACGAACUACAUGCCCCAGGCCAUGGUCGUGUCCUCCGCCGGUACCCACAUGGUCUCGCAUGUCGUACCUGUCCAUCUAGCCACGCCCCUUCAGCAGAGACCAGCCCCUCUAUCCGCACCCCCUCCAGAAGCCACACCCCACUCGUCUUCUCCGGAGGAAAUAUCAGAGAUGUCCAAGGCCGGAGAUGCACCGUCAACACAAGCUAUCGAGGCAGUUCCUAUGGUACCGGAAGUAGCUGCAGAAACGGAAACGGAAACUGCCUUGAAGGUUGAGGAGGAAGUUGUGUCGAUUGCACAGACGGUAACUAUAGAGACGACCGAAUCAGAGCCCAUCAAAGAAAACAGGUCCGUGCCGUUUCUCCCUAAUGCAGCUAAAAGGGAAAAUUCUCAAAAUAAGGAGAAUAGUCGCGAAGAAAGCCGAGUAAAUGGCGAGCAGAAGGUUGGUGUUCAUGUGGUGCAGAACUAGGACUAGCACAGUUGUGUGAUGGAGUUUUAAACUGCAUUUUUAAAUUCAAGUGCGCAAAAACGGUGCUCCUUGAAAAAUUCAUUGCAUUUUAGUGGCUACUAUAUGUGCGUGGCUCAUAAAAGAGUGCGGAAAUAAAGUCGCAAACGUAAGGAGUAAUUUGGCAGUUCUGGUUAUAAUAAUGACGAGAAAAACGCUAAACGACACAAGGAAUAUUAACUAUUCCACAUCAAGCAAAUCUACUGAUGUGAAAUUCAUAUCAUUUCAUUCACCAAGGAGAUUUUUUAAUACAAAAUUUGAAUUGACAUGAUAAUUCACACGCGAUUUUGUUUUAGUUAUAGCUCAGUAUAGGGCAAACUGGCAAAUAGGAGUUGAUUUACAAUAUUAUUUUUUAUUUUUAUUGGCCGAGCGCCAAGAAUAAACGCUCGAACAGCUGUCA